UUGUGCGCACUAGUGGGGUGGGUUCAGCAGAAGCGCAGAGAUUUGGCUUUCAAAUGGAUAAAGAAUCAGAAGAGAGAGAGAUUCUUAAAAAAUUGGGAACUGCUUUAAACGUUUCUGAUGGUGAUACAGAGAAGCAGAAUGCAUCUUCUGGCCAAUUACCUUGUGACUCAGCUUCGUGCAGGCUACCCACAGUGGAUGGUGAUGUUUCAGGAGCGAGUGGCAAUGCUGACAGGCCACAGUUAGAUAUUAAUUCUGACGAUCAAGAGUCAGCAGAAGAACGAUUCUUUGAAUGCACGGAAACACCUGAGACUGAGGGGUUUGCAGAUGUGGAAGAAGAUGUAACAAAGUUGGAACAGGAGAAUGAUUCUGAAAUAAAAGAAACCAAAACCCUUGAGUUUGAUGAAGAAUAUUUACGAGAAUUGGAAAAAAAUUUGCCUGAAGAAGAGAAAAAGCGAAGACAAAGUGAGAGUUUAACACUGAAAGAGGUUGGCAAUGAGCAGUUUAAAAAAGGAGAGUAUCCCGAAGCUGAGAACUCAUAUACAGAAGCCCUUGGGAUUUGCCCAGCCUGCCACCAGAAAGAUAGAUCUAUUCUUUAUUCCAAUAGAGCAGCUGCUAGAAUGAAACUGGGUAAUAAGGAAGAUGCCAUAUCUGAUUGUACCAAAGCUAUUGAAUUAAAUCCCAAUUACAUUCGUGCUUUCCUGAGGAGAGCAGAGCUGUAUGAGAAAACUGAAAAACUUGAUGAAGCUCUGCAGGAUUAUAAAAUCAUUGUAGAAAAAGAUCCGUCAGUAGUCCAAGCCAGAGAAGCCUGCAUGAGAUUACCGCAACAAAUCGAAGAAAGAAAUGAGAAGAUGAAAGAAGAGAUGCUAGGCAAGCUGAAAGAUCUUGGCAACAUGGUUCUGCGACCUUUUGGCCUGUCCACUGACAACUUCCUGUUACAGAAGGAUCCAAACUCCGGCUCGUACUCUAUCAACUUUGUGCAAAACCCAAAUAACAAUAAUAGAUAAUACUUAUUACUGGAAAUAGUUCGGUUUAAGAGUGUGCUUGACCAAAAUGUAGUUGUACAAUUAUAAAAUGCAGCUUUCCCAGCAAACAAAUUUGUUCCAAUUAUUGCUGCAUUUUUUGCAGGUAUUUCAAGUUUUAAGACACUUGAUUUGAGCUGCUUGGAAGUAAAGGCAACAGUUGAAGCUGUAAGCUUUUUAUCAUUGUAAUUGGAUAAGUAUUAAUCCAAGUAUGAUUUUGUUUUGGUGUUCGGAAAGAUAUUUCUUCAUUUUCAUUAAAUGCAGAUAAGAAUUGCCAUGUAAGGUUUUUGUUUGUUGUCUGCAAACUACUGAUGGGAUGUUUAGUUAUGUACUGUUGAUCAUGCUGUAUAUCUUAAUAAGUUUACUGCCUUAUUUUCUGUGGACUCCCAAAAAAAAACAAAAUAAAGUUAGAA